CCUCUCUUCUUAACUACCAAGUGUACCGACUGUCAGCUUGUAGCGUGUGAAACGGCGACCGGAUACGCGAGAGAGAGAGAGAGAGAGAGAGAGAGAUGGCAUGGGGGCUGAGCAUCUGCUCGCCGGGAUCGGACGGCAGCAACAGUAGCAGCAAAGCUGUCGUGGUGCACGCCCUGCUAGCAGGGGCGGCCGUAGCUGCAGCGGCUGCCGCUCACUACUACGGCAUCCACCACUUCUUCGGCUUCCGUAGAAGGGUCGUCGGCAUCAUCCCAGCUCGUUUCAGCUCCUCGCGGUUCCAGGGCAAGCCCCUCGUCAACAUCCUCGGCAAGCCCAUGAUCCAGCGAACAUGGGAAAGAGCAAAGUUGGCGACAAUGUUGGAUCAUGUUGUUGUGGCCACCGAUGAUGCAAGAAUUGCUGAAUGCUGUCGAGAAUUUGGGGCAGAUGUAAUAAUGACCUCAGAAUCCUGCCAGAAUGGCACAGAGCGUUGUUGUGAAGCACUUCAGAAACUCAAGAAGAAGUACGAUAUUGUUGUCAAUAUUCAAGGAGAUGAGCCUCUUGUUGAACCUGAGAUAAUUGAUGGAAUUGUCAAAGCUUUGCAGAGUGCUCCUGAUGCAGUUUUCAGCACUGCUGUAACAGCUUUAAACCCUGAUGACGGGAUGGACCCUAACCGUGUCAAGUGUGUUGUGGACAACCAUGGCUAUGCCAUCUAUUUUUCUCGGGGAUUGAUCCCAUUUAACAAGUCUGGCAAAAUUAAUGCAGAAUUCCCUUACUUGCUUCAUCUUGGUAUCCAGAGCUAUGAUGCUAAGUUUCUAAAAGUCUACCCUCAUCUUCCUCCAACACCUUUGCAACUAGAAGAAGAUCUAGAGCAACUCAAAGUUCUUGAGCAUGGAUACAGGAUGAAGGUUAUCAAGGUUAAUCACGAUUCCCAUGGCGUGGAUGUGCCAGAAGAUGUUGAAAAGAUUGAGUCCUUCAUGAGGCAGAGAAAUAUAUCCUAGUCAAGCCAUUCUGAAAGUCUUGAGGUUGCAAUUCAUGAAUCCAAAUUUUCCCAUGUUCUGCGCUUACUAUUCUUUGCGUUGCUAAUGGUCAAACAAAAUUUUGAUUUUCUCACUCUAAUAGGUUCUUUUUGUGUUUAUAGUUUAGGCAUUGAAAUGAUCCUUAUUUAAUUCCUUUUUGUUUAUGUUGUUUUCUGGUGGUCGGGUUUAUACCUCUGGGUUUUGCUACGUUUGUGAUUAUAAAUGAUAGAAAAUGUGUAUUAUUUUCAGGAUC